AUCGGUUCACAGUUCAGUGUCAAUUGAUGUCAGGACGCGGCUCACAACACUCAUCUCCCCAGGCUUUUAAUCGAGGCUGCACUAAACAGACAGAGAAAGUGUGUGCCUUCUGCCCCAGAACCAUGCCAGUUCUGUCCACCACUCACCGACUGCCACUUUCUGUGGAACGGGAGCGCAAUCGGGAGGACGACAGCCUCACCAACCUGCAGUGGCUACAGGACUUCUCCAUCUUGAGCACAGACUUGUCUUCCAUCGCCAACAGUCGCCCCCCUGUUCCCCGUGUCUCUCAGGGACCAUGCAGCCCACCAGCCGGUGAUACUGCUUCUUGCCAGGCCCCGCGCACUGGAAAACAGAGAGUCACAGUUCCCACAGCCUGGGCCUCCCUGCCAACUCUAUCCCCCAGCCCAGUACAGGAGGUGGAUUAUAGAACCAAUGCUAAUGUCAAGCCACCAUAUUCCUACGCCACCCUCAUCUGCAUGGCCAUGGAAGCCAGCCAGCAGCGGAAACUCACCCUAUCCGCCAUCUACAACUGGAUCACACAGAACUUCUGCUAUUAUCGGCAUGCUGACCCAAGCUGGCAGAACUCGAUCCGUCACAACCUGUCUCUGAACAAGUGCUUCAUGAAAGUCCCGAGGGGCAAAGACGAGCCAGGCAAAGGCGGAUUCUGGCAGAUGGAUCCUCGCUAUGCUGACAUGUUUGUAAACGGGGUGCUGAAAAGGAGAAGAAUGCCUUCCUCACACCUCGACCCACCACGCUGCAACAAGACCAUAGGCCACCAUCCCUAUCUGCCAGUUUCUAGACCUGGCAGCCAUCACAUGCAGCAUAUAUCCGGGGGUCACAGGCAGUCUCGCCGGUAUGAGAAGCCCAAUCCUGUUCUGCCGGCGUUUAGAGCCCCAGAACGACAAGGGGACACCCUGUUCACCCCUGAAGACCCUCUGCAAGGGAGCAACUUUGAUGAUCUGGAUUUACAAGCAGCCUUAAUAUCCAUGUGCUGGGAAGGAGAUCUGGCGGCUUCCAAUCUUAAUAGCACCCUUACCGGCAACUCAGGGAUGGACAUGAAUCAGCAGGAUCCUCCCAUGCAAGACAACCACUGGUACCUCUCCACGGAAGGGCAGCAGACCUGGGAGCAGGUAAAGGAAGAACCUGUGGUGGAGCAAUGGUACAGCGAAACUGGCUUUGUGGAAGAUGUGCUUUAUGAGUGUCCGCCUUGGGAACGAGUGGAGACCCUGUUAUGACCUAAGACUUAUUUACAGCUUUGUUAGAAGCGACAGAACCUAUACCCAAGGGGGUGAGAAUCCAUCAUCAAUCAUUUGAUCUCUCUGAACUCUUGUUUGAAGAGCUGCCAACUUCCAAACUGCACAAGGAAGAGACAGAUUGGUGCUCCGAAUGGGAUUUGUAUUUCAAUGACAACUACAAGAAAAUAGGAGGUACGGAUCCGAUGAAACCUUAUACACUAUGCUGUGGACUUUGUUGCCAUCCGUUUCUCUGUUGUACAGAGAGCCCUUAGCCAUAUGACUCCUACAGAGCUGCUAUGCCAUAAAUAUUCUUGGAAAACCAAACCCCUUCCUGUUCCAGGCCUUGGACUUGAUGGAAACUGGUCCCUGCAAGGUUGUGAGAAACUGUGGAGAGAAGUUUAUGAAAAGAGAAAUGAAAUCUUUAACGUUAAGAGUAUAUAGAUAUUUUUUACAGAUAUUUUCCAAUAAAUAGAAGUGCGGGAAUAAUUUUCUGGUGAUAAAUUUGCCGCAGUGCCUUCACUUGCAGGAUGCUGGGUGCUUUGAAAUUGAAAGACAAAGGGAGUAACCUGCUGCAGAAGUCCAUGCCUUCAAUAUAGGGCACUUGGCCUGUGUAGGAAAUGAACAGAGACUUUGGCUGCAGCCGGGGUUGUAACAGGACUGGUAAACUGUGUUGCCUUAAAAGCGAGUGGUUAGCCUAACUGUGUAUGGCAUGAUACAGGGAAUACAAGUUUCCAAUUUGA